GUGGAUUCAGAUUGUUUUGAAAUCUUUGCUCAGUUGUACAAAAGACUUUAAUCUUUCUCCGCCACUUUCUAUACACAUAACUUGUACUCGAAAGAACGGUGAUUGACCCUCUCUGUUUAGCGUAGUGUCGCCCUGUCAUCAAACUGUGAACUCUCCCAGUUCGGCUGAUUUUACAACUCGCUCGGGAUCAGUAGUGACAUUUGCGAGGUGAGAAGUCGAGCACAAAUGGUCUUUGAGGAUAAACUUACAAUUUCCAAAAGUUAUGGUUGAAGCAAGCACAGAACAGGAGCAAUUGCGUAUGUUCAUGAUAAUGGAAUAUAACCACAUUGGAAAAUGCUUGAAAUGACUAAACCAGGAGUUAUUUCGACACAAAGCAACCCGGACUACUUGGAGAGUCUCAUUCGAAAUUCAAUAACAUUACGACAUUCAUGUGUCUGAAAAGGUCAUAGGGUAGUUUGGUAGUGGUAGUUUUGUCGGAGGCAAAACUUUCCACAAAGUUUUAAAAUCAGUGUUCAUAUUGUUAAUUUAAAUUUAAUUCUUUGUGAGUGAUCAGGAAGGAAGGAUUCUUGCGCUUGUCUCGUGUUACAUAAAGGCGUUGAAAAGAAGGCAAAUAAACACGCAAAUACAAGUUUGUCCUACAUGGCUGUCAAAGCCCUCAGGCUAGCGAGUAAAUUUGGAACUCAAAAGAUGGUAAAAUCGUGCGGUGUGAUUUGGUAGAAUUCAGUAAAGUUUAAGUUUUAUACGCAUAUAUCAUUGCAUCUUACAUCCAUGUAUUGGUUCGGUUCUAAAUGCUUAUGCCAAUUGUCGAACAAAUAUUGCAAGCAGGGAACGCGAAAGAGGGGGCUAAGGGGACAAAGUGGGCUUAGCUUCCCCAAAACCUUUUAGCCCCCGCAAUCUGUAAUAUGUUCCGCGUUCCUUGCAGCAAGUCGACUUGUUACUAUCAAAUUCCUUGAGUUACAAUUGGUACUGUCGAUAAGGGACCUUAUCGCGCCGAUUCUAAGGGACCUUAUCGUGACAUUUAUUUGUUUUUAUUUACUAUACUGCUGCCGUUGUUCACACCAUCGAUCAAAUUACUACCAAAAUCUAGAUCCUCUAUGGCGAGCUUGCUAAGCAGCAGACAACUCAUGGUGUUUUGUAUUUUCAUCAACGGGUCGCACACAGCAGGGCUUGUGGCCCUGCCAUUAAAUUUGUGCUUAAACUGUGCCAUUUCCGGAUAAAAAUAACAAAUUUUAUGAUGAACUACAACUUUCGAGAUGAGUGGCUCAUUUAUUACUUAUUGAUUGAUACCAACGAGGCAAGAUUUUUGUUGGGAGUUUGAUGCUGGAAAACAGAUCCUACAUUAAAGCUACUGGCUUUAAAAGUUCUUAAUACCAAAAUUUACUAGCUUUAUUUCUUGUUUUUAGAUGUUUUUCUGUGAUCAUUUUCCCUUGUCUUUUUGUAAACAAACCACCCCUGAUUUUUAUUACAUUUGCUAUUGUCUCAAAUACACUUAUUUUAUAUAAGAAACUGGCUAUGAGAAACGAGUACUGGACAGUCAGAAAAAAAUUAAGAAGCUUCAGUACCCGAAGCAAAAGAAUUAAGAAACUAUUAAAUCGUGAUAAAACUGAGAACAACGAAAUUUUGGCCUAGAACUUAAAACACAAGGGAUAAAAAUCGUUAGUUUCCCACAUCUAAAUACAGCAUCAGAACGGAAGCGAAUCUCUUGACGUGAAGAAAAGGGUCACGAACAUUUCAUAACAUCAUUCAUGACAUCAUAAGCAAGAAACUUAAAAGAAACAAUGAGUAUCGAAAUUUCCAGAACAUUAGGAAACUGGAGUACUCAACAUCGAUAUUUGUUUCUGAUAAGAAAAAAUGAGUGUAAUUCCUUUUUGCUAGUUUAAAAAUUUUUAAAUUGAGUUAUUUUUUGUAGCCCCUUCUAUAAAGAACGUUUCUGUCGAAAUUCUAACUGACGUACAGUGUUUCUUGGAAAUGUUUAAUAUUUUGCUUUUUGUUUAAAAGCCAGAAGAAUCCAAGUCAAAACAAUUCAAUAGACAAUAAAAUGUAGGCGUUAGGUAAGUUAUCUCUAUUGAAGCAAUUAAAAAAAAGAAACUAAGAUAUAACAAUCGUGUUUUAGAUGUAUGAUAGUGAUUAAAAUAAUAUGGUCAUUGGGUUUCUAUAAGAUUUUCCAGGACAGAGAUUUAAGUGGUUUUGUGAUUGAGAUCAGGGACGGUUCUGUUUUGAUACAAAAGUUUCCUGCCAAGUCCAAAGCUUUCAACUCAAUAGGCCUCAGCUGCACUCUUUUUUUAAAAGAAUACUGUAAAUUUUGUCCAACCUCAAUAUUUUUAAGGAGUUUUUUGUUAUGAUUAAGGAGUUGCAAAGAGCCUGAAUAUGUUCCUAAAGUAUUCGUACGUUUUUCAAAUCUGAUAUGGUUUCAAAUCAUCACCAAGAUAUGUACUCAAUGUAUCUCUGUUCUGAACACAGCAAAGCAAGCAACUGCUGCAAAAUGAGACACGAUUUUGUGUCCUGAGGCGAAGCAAUAUAUUUUCAAUAUCCUUAAAUUUGAUGAUUCUGAGCCUGCAUAUUCCCAUAAACAGUAUUCUUAUAAAAAAGAAGAAUGUGAGAUCAAAAAGAUUAAUUUGAGUUUGCCACCCUACAGGUAAUCUUCUGGCCUGUCUAAAGAUAGAAUGGAGCAACCAGUGAUUUUGAGAGCUACUGAAAAAUAUCUUUUAUGUCACUAACGGCUGUUUAUUACUCAUUGUCUGGACACACAACAAAUUUCGCUCUUUUGACUGAAACGGUCUGAAACCGGGAUCUUAAAACUUGAUUUCCUAUCUGGAAUGUUGGCAAAUGCUUUCACAUUGCAGGAACGUUGUAUAGUCAUAGAGUUGCCUUUUUAUAAUGGUUUGAUUGGGGUUUUUCAAGGGACCUGAUAAUUUUGGUUGAAUUACAUAAAAGAUCGAACUACACAAGUUCUAAUUAGACGGAAUUAACUGGACACACUUUCUAUAACCAGAAGCACGCUCGUGCAUGUUCAGACUGUGAUUUAACACCCAGCAAUAUACACUCUAAAUCAAUAUACGCUCGGUUCAAGGCGAGAAAAUACGUACGUAAUUUAGCAGCAUUUAUUUUCAAGGUGUUGGUUGUUACAAUCUAUGACGUAACGAUAUCGAUUCUAGGACAAAAGCUUAGCACGGUUUUAUGUUACUCUCACUGAAAGUGGAGUACAAGUUCGUAUUUAUUAUGCAACGAACUCUCAUAUUGCUUGCAGCUUCAAGAAAGAAUAAACAGAGAAAGGAAGUAAAGAAGGUUAUCACAUCAGUAUGGCAUCAGUAUUUAAAAUUUUGAUAUUUUGGCCCCUCCACUUUCAAAUACGUUUCGCCGGCCCCUCUUUUUGUUUGGUCCAAAAAUUAUUUCUUUUCUUUUGUUUAUGAGUUCUUUCUUUGGUCCAAAAAGGUUCACGGGUUAAAUUUGAAUCCCGUUUAUAGCUACCAAGCUUUCUUUGCUUUUCAAUCAAUAGAAGGAAUCAGACAUCUUUGGCAAAAGAAAAACUUUUUCGUUUGAGGGCGAGUACAAAACAAGGCCCUCUGGGUUUAUCAGUAUUCACACUGGAAGUGUGAAAUCAAGAUACUGGAAGUGCAACUAAAUGUUUAAAAUGUAACAGGUUGCUACAGUGCAAACCUUUGUCGUUAAAUUGCCGUCUGAGACCUAUUGGGCAAAGGUUACAGUUCUACAGUCCUCAAGACUUGUUGGCGUUUGCUUUAGGUGUUGUACCCAGCCAUUGAAGUGGGUACAGCUUGCAGUUUACAAGUUGCAUAUUGGGGAGAGUGAUGAUGACUUCUCAUCUGUCCCGUCGUCGUUUGACCCCUACUGAACAUUUCUACAGCCGACAGGAGGCCCACCCUUGUCGGCUCAAAAAAUUAAUGCUGAAAGUACAUUCGACUGGAGCAUAUUUUUAUUGGCCAUGAUUGAAUGAAUAUUUAGGGAUAUCAAAUUAAAUGUAAAAUCGUGACACAUAACGAUAAGAAAGUAUUCACAGCAAAGCGUGUGUAAAAUUUAGUUUCACUUUUAACGAGAGUACGUUAUUCAAGGAUACAGGAAUGUUUCUAGGAAUCUUGUGAAUUAUUUCUUUUGUCAGAAAUUGUUGGAGGCAACCUGCACCAUACCCUGUGCUACGGUCCAAUGUUGAACGAUCCCCUGAGUCUACCUCCGCAGACAUAAAAGCCAGUUUCCACAGUCACACCCCUUUUUCACCUCCUAGAAAAGCAACAAGUUUAUGCAUGCCCAUUAAGAAUUUUGUUUUUACACACACUGCCUAGCUGAAUACACCAAUCGCUAUAAUAACAGUUCCAAAUUGCAUCUGGAAAAACUUUAUUGCCAAUUAGAGUUGAUAUAGCAGCAAUGUUUACACACGAGACCGUAACAGUAGUUCCAGGUUGUUUAUUUUUGCAAGGAGCUUCGUGUAUUUGCUACACUAUGCGAUGUUUUGUUGCAAUAGAUUUUUAGGUAAUACUUUAUUCAUAGCAGGCUAGGCUAAUGUUUAACACAAGGUAGUCUUAAUUAAGGCCUAUUCGUGUGGGAAGGAUCAAUUUGUGGCCUGACUAUUGUACCGGUAUUGAAGCCACAGAAUCGAGUUAUCAAGAGGUUGCUGUCAUGACACUUUCAUAUUCGACCUGACACUUUGUUUCCGAAUAGUCGCAGCAACGGAUUGUAAACCAUUUUUCUAUCGUAUUUCUAAUAAGGGCCGACCCUUUUUUGGAGCCCUAAAGUAAGCACCCAAUAAACAGAGAAUUUGUCGAAUGAGCUCCAACUUGAAUAGCACAAAAAUAAACAAAUACCGGUCAACUUUGCUUGGAUAUUCGAAACAGUGAUUAAGCGAAUGGCGAUGAAAUUACUGUUGUCAUUGUUUUUGUAAUUCUGAGUCAAGGAUUUACUUUUGAGUGAUAACAUAACUGUGAUAUUGUAAUAUCAUGUGAUGAACGUGGAAGGGCUUAUAAAACUGAAUGACUCAGUGCCAUUGGCGGUCCACGUGUCACCUCUCAUUAUGAUAAUAAUCUUCAUAAUAAAAGGCAUCAUCAUAAUCAUAAUCAUUCUGAUCAAUAUUAUGAUACCUUCAUUUUCAAAUAUGGUCAUCAUCAUCAUCAUGAUUUACGUCAAUACGUCACUAACAACAAUGUUCACAGAUUGGGACAGUAAAAUAUCUUUAGGUUUUGGGCUCUUUUGUUACUGCCAUCUGAACGUCAAAAGUAUAAUUUUUUAAGUAAAUUAUGCCUUAACCACGAAGGAAAAGAAAUGGCCAUAGCCGGAUGAUGUAACCGCCAUCCGGACGUUCUCGAUUUCUCGUUUCAUACCGGAAAUAGAAUACUGUCCAGUUAAUACAACUGAACGUUCUAUCGCUUUGGUGGCUUGUAGGAAGUUCGGUAAGAUUUACCGCCUCAAAACCGAAUUACCGGCCGCACCUUGCCUGUGGACUUUUCACAAAACGGAAACCUUAAGCACUCACUAAAAGAUGAAUCUCCUUUGAUUUGCCGUUUUCUGUUUAGCAUGUUAACCAGCUUUUCAUUGAAUGUAGUAAUAUGCUACAAUUUUGCUUUACAACACACCAAGCUUCAAAAAAAUUACUUUAGACUUCUUUCUUAGAGAACUUUUAGCGCACAUACUAUAUUUCCGUAAGCAACUUGCGAUAUGCAGAUUUAAAUAUUGAUAAGUAAUUUCUGAGAGAUUUAAUUUUACAAUACAACUUAUUAGAACUGCCUUUAGGUGGCAAUAAACAAAUUAUUCUGAGAAUAGGCUGAAGCAGGUAGGCGAGAGAACCCUGUAGUUAUUUAGGGACUUAAUGAUGCUUUUAUUGACUAAGAUACUGGCAAGUUAGCCAGUAAAAUUAAAUAUUUGGUCUCUUGUUGAUAAAACCAUUUGUGCUUUAUAUCUUCUUUUGACGUGAGCGCUCUUGGCUAAACCAUAUUAUGCCUAUGCCUGAACAGAUAAUGGAGUUUGCUGCGUUUUUUUAACUUGAUAAUUAGAACCCAGGACCUUCUGUAUCGCCACAACAGCCCUGCAACUAGCAUUUUUAUCAGUGGCCCAAGAUUGUAGAUGAGAGGUAGAUGAGAGGCGAUGUGAGUCAAAGCUAUUAGCAGUUUUUGCAGACAGUAUGAAACCUGAGACGUUUGUUCAAAUUGAGGUCAGGAAUCCAAGGACUCACAUAAGCAGAGAGAAAGCACUGUACACCGACUAUGAGAUUGUUGUUAAGACGAACAACAUAGCUUUUGCAUGUACAGAGUCCACUGUACGGCGUAGGUACUCUGAGUUCCAAUGGCUGAGGACGAGGCUGAUGACUCAUUACAAAUGGGUGACUUGUCCGCCAGAGCUGCCACCCAAACGCCUUUUUGGAAGGUUUCAGCGGCAAUUUCUAAAACGGAGGCAGCAGGGUUUGCAGAAAUUUAUUUUGAGGGUGGUUGAAGAUAACCAGUAUUUAUCCGACGUUGCUGUUCACUUAUUCCUACAAAGCAGUUUGCCGAUUAAAGAAAUUGAGCGCUACCUUGAUGGCAUGGUCAGUGAUGGUGAAAUUCUCAAUUCGUAUCAAUCACCAGGGAAGGGAAAGCAUUCUGGCCUCUCUCGGAGUAUGGCUGAAAUUCCACAUGAAAUCGAGACCCAUUUGGAGCAUGACAGUGGAUUCUGCUACAGCACAACAAGUUCUAUCAACGAUUUAAUGUAUACAUCAGUCGCUAAAUCACGAGCAGAAUGGAAAGAUUUUGUGUCAAUGCCAGCGAAUCUUGAUAAAGUUACCACAAACGAGGAGAUCAAAACAGAUCAACCCAAUGCUCGUAAACUUUCCCAGGUUGACUCAGGACACGUGACGUUUACCGGGAGCCACAUGUCUCUCCAAAGGACAGCUAGGUCUUCAGAAAGUGAUUCUGAUUUUCUGUUUUCAGUAGAGUAUGAUGCUGACGAUGAGAGUGAUCAUUGUUGUCUAGAAACAAUUGAGGGGGUGUCGAUGAAUCUUCAUUACUCUCAGACAUUUUCUAUCGAACAAGCACUCGAUAUUUUACGAACUAGAACAAAAAUUUCUGAUAGAAUCCAGCUGCUUGAAGAUACUGAUGAAGAAUUUCACGAAUCAGAGUACGAUGUGAUAGAUUCAGAAAAUGAAGAAAAUGAGCGAAAAUCGAUAUCCUCUAUUAAGAAAAAGUUAAGUAGAAGUUUGUCUGACGCAAAGUUGAAGAGGAGAUCAUCAAGGUCAAGUUUAAAUGAAAGAAAAAAGCCAAUGAUAAAAGGGGCAUUCCAGUCAAUGCCAAAUAUGCAGAACACACAUCAUAGACAUCAUACUAGAGCAAAAGCAGCUGGGGGUAUAUUCAUGAAAAAGCUAGAAUCCCAUCAGGAAGACCCUGAGGUCGGAAAGGGUUCAGCAAAAGGUGAGGGUUUCUCUACCUCUAGCAGUAUUAGCAAGUACAGGUCUGAUGAUGCUGACGAGAGCUACGUACCUAAUUCCGAAAUGGAUUGCUACAGCACGUGGAAUUCGCCGUCAAAAAUCGUUAAUGGUAACGUGGACUCGAGUGAGAUCGAAGCCAGUUUCGAAAAGGUACCUGAAAUAAGGUCAGCUGCGAGAAGUUUGUUCAAAAGGAUCAUUAGUAAGCGGGAAAAGGCGAUAAAAAGCGCAGAUGCCCCAUUGAUAAGUGGACGUUUUCGCGUAAGCGUUAUUCGAGAGGAGGGGAGCUCAAGACGGGGAUCGGCAUCCUCUAAUGAACUGACAUUGAGGCGCAGUCCGGUAAGGGAGGUUGUUAAGAAAGCCUCGCAGCUGGUAAAUGAGAGCUCUGUGCGAAUCUCGGAACAACAACUUUGGCCGCAAGAAAACCUUGCUUAUUCAGAUCGCAAUAUUGCUGAUGAUGAGGAUUUUCUAACAGUUCCAAAAAUAAUGGAUAUUAUUUCGGCACCAUUAGAUUUCCCUGAUGCUAGCGAUUCUGAGAAACCAGGUGAAAUAGCAGAAGGGAAAGAGGAAGGAUAUCCUGAUAGUCAAAGCCCUUUUGAUGACUUCAAGCAAGUACCAUCUUUGGUUUCUUUAGUAUCGGCUUUAUUAGGCAUGGAAGAAACUAAUGUUAAUAACAGACCCAAAACAACAGAUACCCCGACUGAGAAAUCAAGUACAGUUGCUCUACAAAACGAUGAAUCAAUACAGGAGCUUGCGGUGAAACAUCCCGUAAACUCAGAAGUACUAGAUUCAGAAAGACCAUGUAUCAUGGACCAAGCAGAAGAUGCACAGUAUUACAAAUACAGUUCAUCGUUCAUCAAAGACUUAUCUGCCCAAAAUAAUUUCAACGUUUUAGGCCUAAAUGGGAAUUUAUAUACAGAUCAUCAAUUGCAAUCCUUUACCAAACAAAGACCAAUGUCUCCUACGCCAGCAUUAUUGAACACCUAUGAUGUCAUACCGGAUGCUAUUACAACUUCUCUUGAAGACUAUGCCAUUUUGGGUGGGAAAAGAGAUUAAGGGUUUCGGAAAUUUUUUUAGCAAAUCAUACCACAGUAUUGUUAGGGUUUGAGCAAAUUUAAAUGCUGUACGAUCUUUUAGAGGAAUAUAGAUUUGUAUUUUAUCGUGCCAAACUUGAUUCUUGGCAUAUUUUCAUACAUCUAAUCUCCACAUACUUUUAAGAUUUGAAUUUUAAUUAGAUUCGAAUUUGUAGACUGGUAAUUCUGACAUAAUUUGAUAGAUUAUAACUAAGUUCAUUAAGGAAACUCUACAAUUCACUUCAUAGUUGGGGCAAAGUGUUUUUCUGGGGAUCAAGGACCUUUUAGUUUGAAUUUUUUGUGAUUCGGUAUUUACCUGUUAUUUGUGAUACGGCUGAUAAAGUGUAAAAAAUUAAGAACUAAUUCUCGGGAUGGAAAUAAGUACCUUAGGGAAUGAUAUCUCGUUUUGGAUGCCUUUGGUAUCAACCUCGCUCUAUAAUGUCAGAUAUUAGAGGCAGCAAAACAUUACAACGGACAAAAAGUGCUUUAAGCUUGCUUAUAGCGUUGGCUGAUCGCUAUCAUGUAAAAUUUCUUUUAGCUGGCCUAAAAGUUGUUGACCAUGCUUAGCUGACAGCACCUCAUUGAUAAUUCGUUAAAAUUGCUGUAUGACUUCGUAGGGCAAAUUAUCAGAAAAUAUAUGCUGUAUCUGUCGAGAAAAUUUUGUUCUUAGAUCGCUUUCGAAAAUGAGUACUGCAUCACCCCAGUAACGAACCUGAAAAACACCAAAUUCGUUGAGACCCGCACAAUCAAGACACUUCGCAGCUGUACCCCUGGUUAAUAAGUAUAUAAUUAUGUAGGACUGCAAAAUUUUUUCAGAAGACCAAUUUAUAAAGAAUGCACAGUUUCUUCUGAUAACAAUAUCAUCAACGUCCUUCAUGGUAGAAUUUUUCCAAAAAAAUUGCUGUAGCUAGUCAAAUGAUAUUGAAGAAUAUCUUGAUAUGAAUAACUUAAGCAAUCUGCUAUGGCGGGGCGGUGUCUAUAAAUUUCAAGCUGCUUCUUACAUGCUGUACAAUAAAACAUAAAAUUCUUUCUCUAAAAUACCUUUUAGGUUCUCGUUUAGAAUGAACGAUUAUUAGUUCGUCAUCUUUGCAAUCAUUGAUGCACUGUAUAUAGACUAGUGUAAAAUUUGCAUUUAUUUUCCGAAAUUUAGAAAUACGUGAUUUUUGUUAUAUUUUAAUAUUUUGUAACAUUAAAUAUUUUAUGAGAUGGGUUAGAAUCAUAAGACCAAUGUUAAUAUUUAGUUGUUAAGGAUUAAAGAUUAAGUCCACCCUACACAAGUCAUUCCUUUAAACAUCAAGUAGACAGCCUUCUAUGAUUAUUGCUAGCACUCAGAGUUAACUGAAAACACCACGGAGCCCUAUGUCCGUCAUAUAUAAAAGAUGGUUAUAAACAACAUUGAUGUACCCCUAUCUAUCUUUAACGAUCAUACUAACUCAUUGUUGUCAAACUUUAAUCCAUAUUGUCACAUUUAACCACUUGGGUAACUGCUUUCAGAUUAUUUUUAAAUUGUGAAAUAAUUUUAAUAUUUUCUUUUGUAACAUGGACUGUAGCAAUAAAUUCGUUUGCUGUUCAAAAGACAUCAAUGGAUGCUUCCAUACCGAUCUCCUAGUAAAUUUUAUCCACGGUUCAUUAUCGAAUCAUUGACGAAAAUCAGAUCUUUCAAAUUCAUUUUGAACGCGAUUUGUUAUUGUGGCCAAACCUUAGGGGUUUCUUUGUUUUGUGGUCAAAUUUUUCUCGUGUUUUAUAUUUCAACUACUCAUCCUUCUUGGUUCGGAACGCAGGAUUCGUUCCGUGGUGGCUGGUCCGCCUAGCCGGAUAGAAGGAUCAAAAUUGACCUUAACUAUCAGAGAACCGGAAGCAUCACAUGACCUCUUUUGGAUAUAUAAUGAUUUUUAUUUCGUUCAAUCUCGAUCUGGCCAGAAUUAUUUAUAGCUUUUAUCCAUUGCAUUUAACCGCUGUUAUUUUCAUCAUUUCAUUGCAAAUAUG